AAAAUGGAGAUAGCACAGUUAGGGCGUGGCUAAAAGCGUUCGACCAAUAGGAAAACGCCAAUACCGUAUAACUGGGCGGAGUGAAGCGAUGUUUAGCGACGGUCUUGCUAUGACAGAAUAUGCUGUAGUACGAUGGCCCACCAGACAGGAAGUAACAUUGUAAAAGGUUCAGGCGAACCUGCUAAUUAUUCUAUCCCUACAGAAACGGGAAGCAUACAGAAAAUGACAGAUUUACUAUCAGGAAAGAAUUUAACUUUCUCUCCGGAACAGGUGGCCUGCGUAUGUGAAGCACUUCAACAAGCCGGUAAUAUAGAUAGGUUGGCAAGAUUUUUGUGGUCUUUACCACCCAGCGAACAUUUAAGGGGUAACCAGUCUGUAUUAAGAGCUCAAGCGGCUGUGGCUUUCCAUCGUGGGAAUUAUAAAGAACUGUAUGCCAUAUUGGAGAGUCACAAUUUCGAGCCACAGUAUCAUACAGAAUUACAGCAAAUGUGGUACAAGGCACAUUAUAGGGAAGCCGAAAAAAUCCGCGGUCGACCACUGGGUGCUGUCGAUAAAUAUAGGCUGAGGCGUAAGUAUCCUUUGCCUAAGACUAUAUGGGAUGGAGAAGAGACUGUGUACUGUUUCAAGGAAAAAUCUAGAAUUGCUCUUAAAGAAUGCUACAAACAGAAUCGUUAUCCGACACCCGAUGAAAAACGUAAUUUGGCAUCAAAAACUGGAUUGACUCUAACACAAGUCAGCAACUGGUUUAAAAACAGAAGACAGAGGGAUAGAACUCCCCACCAUAGAAGCGAUCCAAUAUUGGGUUCGAGACCGAGUCCACCCCAACUUUGCCCGGGAACACCUCAACCACCUCAGAGAACCUCACCCACCAUGUGUAGCCAUUACAACGACGAUUUAACAGCACUAACAUACGGCCAGAAGAGUACUUUGGACGAAACGGGGAUGCCUGUUAUGACAAUGGUUAAAGCAGAACCAAAUAUGUACACGUCUGGAUUGUUGUAUUCGACUUGUACACCGACGUUCGAUCACACGAGUCUUCAACACUUACAAACAGCAGGGAGUCGCACGUAGUAGUGUCGAUUCGUGGAAAUUCCACCCCCCUCUCACACACGAACAUCUAGUCUUUAAGAAUACAAGAUACUAUUCUUCAUAUGAUGGAAUAUAUGUGGUUGGUAUUUGAUGAUAUAUAUAUAUAAUUAUAUAUAUAUAUACAUACAUACAUAUAUAUAUAUUUUUUGUUUUUGUUUUUUCCACUUUUAUCCCUUCGGUAUCAUCAUUUUUGAUGGUAGAAAUGGCCAGAUUUAUCCAUUUUUAACUGGAAAAUUAUAAGUAUUUCUGUUCUUUCUGAAGACGUCUUCAGGAUGUAAAUGAUUAGGAAAAUAAAUAUUUCAUUAAAAUUAA